AUGAAGCUUGAGUUUGCUCCGCUGUCUGUGCCACUGCAGAGAAGGCUUCAGACAGCAUCAGUGGCUCAAUGGGUCUUCAGCUUCCUGGGUCUAGCACCAUGCUGUACAGCUGCCUUCAUCAUGCUCUUCUUCACUCGUUUUUGGCUGGUCAGUGCCCUUUACGCUGCAUGGUGGUUAAUAGACAGGGAGAAACCCAACAAGGGUGGGCGGCGGAUCCGCAUCCUCCAGAACUGCAUCGUUUGGAAGUACAUGAGGGACUAUUUCCCCAUCACGUUGGUGAAGACAGCAGAGCUGGACCCUCGGCAGAACUACCUGGUGGGAUUUCAUCCCCAUGGAGUCCUGGCAGCUGGAGCCUUUCUCAAUUUCUGCACAGAGGCAUCUGGCUUUUCCACACUCUUCCCAGGCAUCACCCCCCACCUGAUGAUGCUUUCCCUGUGGUUUCGCAUCCCAUUCUUCAGAGACUAUGUGAUGAGUGGAGGCAUCAUCUCUUCUGACAAGGAGAGUGCAUCCUACGUGCUGCAGAAGCCAGAGGGCGGGAACUUGCUGGUCAUCAUUGUUGGUGGGGCACAGGAGGCACUGGAUGCCCAUCCAGGAUCCUUCACCUUGCUGCUGAAGAACAGGAAGGGAUUUGUGCGCCUGGCCAUCCAGCAUGGCACUCCCCUAGUCCCUGCCUUUUCCUUUGGGGAGAACGAUCUCUUUGAUCAAGUGAAGAAUCCCAAGGGCUCCUGGCUGCGGAGGAUUCAGCAUCGGCUCCAGCAGAUCAUGGGCAUCUCCCUUCCCCUCUUCCAUGCACGAGGCAUCUUCCAGUACAGCUUUGGGCCGAUACCCUACCGACGGCCCAUCUGCACUGUGGUUGGGAAACCAAUUCCAGUCCAGAAGAAGCACAGACCCUCUGAGGAAGAAGUUGAUCAAGUCCAUCAAAAAUACCUAAAUGAGUUGUCCCAGCUCUUUGAGAAGCACAAAGCUAAAUAUAAUGUCCCAGAAGACAGCCACCUGGAAUUUAUAUAG